CUCGUUUCCCCUGAAAGCAGUUAUGUAUACAUGUAUAUCAAUUUUACUGAAACACUUCUCAGAUGAAAAAGGAAAGCUAUAAUGGAGAAUUUUGUUUGAACUUUUGUUUCUAAAACAUCAUGGAAGACCGAGUGUGGACAGUAAUGACCUCGCGUUUCCGAUUGCCUGCUGGCAGAACCUACAAUGUACGAGCAUCAGAGUUGGCCCGAGACAGACAGCAUACGGAGGUGGUUUGCAACAUCCUUCUUCUGGAUAACACUGUACAAGCUUUCAAAGUUAAUAAACAUGAUCAGGGGCAAGUUCUGUUGGAUAUAGUCUUCAAGCAUCUUGAUUUGACUGAGCGUGACUAUUUUGGUUUACAGUUGGCUGACGAUUCCACAGACAACCCAAGGUGGCUGGAUCCAAACAAACCAAUAAGGAAGCAGCUGAAGAAACUGCUUUUAUUAAUUCUAGGAGGAUCUCCUUACAGUUUGAACUUUAGAGUCAAAUUUUUUGUAAGUGACCCCAACAAGUUACAAGAAGAAUACACAAGGUACCAGUAUUUUUUGCAAAUUAAACAAGACAUUCUUACUGGAAGAUUGCCCUGUCCUUAUAAUACUGCUGCCCUUUUGGCUUCAUUUGCUGUUCAGUCUGAACUUGGAGACUACAAUCAGUCAGAAAACUUGCCAGGCUACCUCUCAGAUUAUUCUUUCAUUCCUAAUCAACCUCAAGAUUUUGAAAAAGAAAUUGCAAAAUUACAUCAGCAACAUAUAGGUUUAUCUCCUGCAGAAGCAGAAUUUAAUUACCUGAACACAGCACGUACCUUAGAACUCUAUGGAGUUGAAUUCCACUAUGCAAGGGAUCAAAGUAACAAUGAAAUUAUGAUUGGAGUGAUGUCAGGAGGAAUUCUGAUUUAUAAGAACAGAGUACGAAUGAAUACCUUUCCAUGGUUGAAGAUUGUGAAAAUUUCUUUCAAGUGCAAACAGUUUUUUAUUCAACUUAGAAAAGAAGUGCAUGAAUCUAGAGAAACAUUAUUGGGAUUUAAUAUGGUGAAUUACAGAGCAUGCAAAAAUUUAUGGAAAGCAUGUGUAGAACAUCACACAUUCUUCCGUUUGGACAGACCACUUCCACCUCAAAAGAAUUUUUUUGCACAUUAUUUUACAUUAGGUUCAAAAUUUCGGUACUGUGGGAGAACUGAAGUCCAGUCAGUUCAGUAUGGCAAAGAAAAAGCAAAUAAAGAAAGGGUAUUUGCAAGGUCCCCAAGUAAGCCCUUGGCACGGAAAUUAAUGGAUUGGGAAGUAGUAAGCAGAAAUUCAGUAUCUGAUGACAGGUUAGAAACACAAAGCCUUCCAUCACGAUCUCCACCUGGAACUCCUAAUCAUCGAAAUUCUGCAUUCACACAAGAGGGAACCCGGUUACGACCAUCUUCAGUUGGUCAUUUGGUAGACCAUGUGGUUCACACUUCCCCAAGUGAAGUGUUUGUGAAUCAUAGAUCUCCAUCUUCAACACAAGCUAAUAGCAUCGUUCUGGAAUCAUCACCAUCACAGGAGACCCCUGGAGAUGGGCAGCCUCCAGCUUUACCACCCAAACAAUCAAAGAAAAACAGUUGGAACCAAAUUCAUUAUUCACAUUCUCAACAAGAUCUGGAAAACCAUAUUAACGAAACAUUUGAUGUUCCAUCUUCCCCUGAAAAAUCUACUCCUAAUGGUGGUAUUCCACAAGAUAAUCUUGUUCUAAUCAGAAUGAAACCUGAUGAAAAUGGAAGGUUUGGAUUCAAUGUGAAGGGAGGAUAUGAUCAGAAGAUGCCUGUGAUUGUGUCCCGAGUAGCACCAGGAACACCUGCUGACCUCUGUGUCCCUCGAUUGAAUGAAGGGGACCAAGUUGUAUUGAUCAAUGGUCGGGACAUUGCAGAACAUACCCAUGAUCAAGUUGUCCUGUUUAUUAAAGCUAGCUGUGAGAGACAUUCUGGGGAACUCGUACUCCUGGUUCGACCUAAUGCUGUAUAUGAUGUAGUGGAAGAAAAGCUAGAAAAUGAGCCAGACUUCCAGUACAUUCCAGAGAAAGCCCCACUAGAUAGUGUCCAUCAGGAUGACCAUUCCCUGCGGGAGUCAAUGAUCCAGCUAGCUGAGGGGCUUAUCACUGGAACAGUCCUGACCCAAUUUGAUCAACUAUAUCGGAAAAAACCUGGAAUGACAAUGUCUUGUGCCAAAUUACCUCAAAAUAUUUCCAAAAAUAGAUACAGAGAUAUUUCGCCUUAUGAUGCUACACGGGUCAUUUUAAAGGGUAAUGAAGACUAUAUCAAUGCAAAUUAUAUAAAUAUGGAAAUCCCUUCUUCUAGCAUUAUAAAUCAGUAUAUUGCUUGUCAAGGGCCAUUACCACACACUUGUACAGAUUUUUGGCAGAUGACUUGGGAACAAGGCUCCUCUAUGGUUGUAAUGUUGACUACACAAGUUGAACGUGGCAGAGUUAAGUGUCACCAGUAUUGGCCAGAACCCACAGGAAGUUCAUCCUAUGGAUGCUAUCAAGUCACCUGCCACUCAGAAGAAGGAAACACAGCAUAUAUCUUCAGGAAGAUGACACUAUUUAACCAAGAGAAAAAUGAGAGUCGUCAACUCACUCAGAUCCAGUACAUAGCCUGGCCUGACCAUGGAGUUCCUGAUGAUUCAAGUGACUUUCUGGAUUUUGUUUGUCAUGUACGAAAUAAGAGGGCUGGCAAGGAAGAACCUAUUGUUGUUCAUUGCAGUGCUGGAAUUGGAAGAACUGGGGUUCUUAUUACUAUGGAAACAGCCAUGUGUCUCAUUGAAUGCAAUCAACCAGUUUAUCCACUAGACAUUGUAAGAACAAUGAGAGAUCAACGAGCCAUGAUGAUCCAAACACCUAGUCAAUACAGAUUUGUAUGUGAAGCUAUUUUGAAAGUUUAUGAAGAAGGAUUUGUUAAACCCUUAACAACAUCAUCAAAUAAAUAAGAAAGCAAAAGUCUGGGACAUGUGUCAGAAAACUGCUUUCUCUUAUAUUCACUGUGCCAUAAAUCUGCUUGCAGGAAAUGGCAUUUAGACAAAACAAAUGAAGAACUAACAAAAACUGAAAACUUCAGCACUGUUGCACUUUAUGUUUAAGAAAAUGUCACUCUCUCAAAAUCUGUAAUUCACGUGUUUGAAGACUAUUUCAUGCUUUGCUCCGAAC